UCCCCGCGGCCGUGAAGGUGAGCCGGCUGUCAUGGCGUUGACGGCGUCCGGGGCCUACCUGACCCACCAGCAGAAGGUGUUGCGGCUCUAUAAGCGGGCGCUGCGCCACCUGGAGUCGUGGUGCAUCCACAGAGACAAAUAUCGGUACUUUGCCUGUUUGAUGAGAGCCCGGUUUGAAGAACAUAAGAAUGAAAAGGAUAUGGUGAAGGCCACCCAGCUGCUGAGGGAGGCAGAGGAAGAAUUCUGGUACAAUCAGCAUCCUCAGCCAUACAUCUUCCCCGACUCUCCUGGGGGCACCUCCUACGAGAGAUACGAGUGUUACAAGGUUCCUGAGUGGUGCUUAGAUGAUUGGCAUCCUUCUGAGAAGGCAAUGUAUCCUGAUUACUUUGCCAAGAGAGAGCAGUGGAAGAAACUGCGGAGGGAAAGCUGGGAGCGGGAGGUUAAGCAGCUGCAGGAGGAAACCCCGCCUGGUGGUCCCAACACUGAAGCUUUGCCCCCAGCCCGAAAGGAAGGUGAUUUGCCCCCACUGUGGUGGCAUAUUGUGACCAGGCCCCGGGAGAGGCCCAUGUAGAGAGAGGAAGACAUCUCACCAGUCGUGCUUGCAAGUAAUAUAAGUUACAGAGCAUACACACACUUGCCCUAAUAAAAAUAACUCGACGUGG